CGAACAUUUUCGCUCUCAUCCAGAGUUCCUUCUCUCCUUUUUUUUUUAAUUUCUUUUCUCAAGUUGAAUCUUUUCUUCCGCCACCGCCGAUGGUUUGAAGCGCGAGUCAAUGGUGGACUCAGGCAAGCCGCGGUCGCGCGGCUGUUGAUGAACGAGCGGUCGCAAGUUUUAUUUGGUCUUGAAAGCAGGUCGGCACCGCGGAUGGGUUGCGGAGGGGAUCGAGGAUCCAAGGCAGAGCUGAUUUUCAGCGUGGAGUUAGUGAUGGCGGCGAGGAUGGCAGAGCUGAUUUGGCCGCACUGGGCCUUGGCCAUUUUCAGCUUGGUGUUCGGAGAUGCUUGUCGCAAUUUGAGUCGCGACUCUCCCCCUGCCUCGGGAACUGCAUGCCUCGACAUCUGUGUCCACCACUUUAGCGAUAACGUGUUUUUUGGAGAAAAGUUGCAGACAGACGACGUGACAGCUGACGGGACAGCUCUGGCACCACUCUCAGCCGUAGAAAUUUUGAUCGGAAACCAGAGGUUCGGCGGGGGUAAUGGAGACGAACGAUGCUCAAACAAUCAGUUGGAGGAUAUAGAUCCGACUUUCUGUGGACUCUUCGUUUCCUUUCUUUUGUUUUUUGCUUGGGACUCGAAUCCUCUUUGCGUCUCGCGCCCUUUGAAGAUCAAACGAACGAGGUCGAUGAAUCUGCCCCACGGUGGGCGCCAAUUGUUUGUACUGACUUGCUCAGGACACGAACAAUGAUAUUUGUUGGUGUGGGGUUGACUCACGAUCCGUUCGUCCGAUCUCGUCAGGAGAGAAGAAACCUGUGAAAGAGCCGGGGUUGCCCCCCGGAUUAAGCUCCGACGAUCAAGUCAUUGUAUGUUUGUGGAGAGAGUUGAGAGAACAGAUAGAGAGAUGAAGUGUAGAGAGAGAUAGUAGAAAGUGGAAAAUCAGGAGAGAGAAAGUCCCUUUCUUUGGAGGGCUUCAAGCCCUUAUAUACCUGUAGCGGGUAUCGAGUGUUCCCCAUUGUCGAUUGUGCGCCCUCCUACUUAGUCUGAAUCGGAGUAUUUCAGUAACACCCCCAACAGAUAUAAUAAUGAUAUUGAUGUAUU